AUGACUAUUCCAGAACAGUUCGAAUCACCAGAUUUCCAAAAAUUAAGGGAAACUUCACAAACUUUUUACUUAUUUGGUGAACAUAUUUCAAAAUCAAAAGCACCACUUUUACAUAAUACAACUUUUCAAAGUGUUGGUUUAAAUAAUUGGGAAUAUAAAUUAUAUGAAGGUUCAGAUUUCCAGAACUUCAAUGAGAAAUUUUCUAAUGAAAACUUGAUUGGUAGUGCAAUUACUAUGCCUAAUAAAGUUGAAGGUAUUAAAAAUGUUGAUUUUUUAGAUUCUAUUGGUAAAGGUUGUGGAUCAAUAAAUACAAUUUAUACUAAAAUUGAUCCCCAAAAUAAUAAAAAGGUUAAAGUUGGUACAAAUACUGAUACUGUGGGUAUCAAAGAAAGUUUUUUACAAAAUUAUCCAAAAGAAACUGAAAUUUUAAGUAAAUCACCUGGAUUAAUUUAUGGUGGUGGUGGUGCAUGUCGUUCUGCAGUUUUUGCAUUAUAUAAUUUAUUAAAAGUUCCAAAAAUUUAUAUUAUUAAUAGAUUUGCAGAAGAAGUUGAACAAGUUAAACAAUCAAUGAUUUCUAAUGGCUUUAAAGGUGAAAUUAUUCAUGUUUCCACUCCAGAACAAGCUAAAACUUUGGAAUUACCAAAAUUAGUUGUACUUACUGUACCAAAUUUCCCACCUACUACAAAAGAGGAAAUUCAAGCAAGAUCAACUCUAGAUGUUUUCUUGAAACAAGAUGAACCUGGUAUUGUAUUAGAAAUGUGUUAUCAUCCAAUAAUUGAAACAACUUUAUAUAAUGAUUUCUUAAAUUCAAAUUGGAAAGUUAUAAGUGGUGUUGAAGCAAUGAUUUAUCAAGGUAUUGCACAACAGAUAUUAUGGACUGGAUUUUCAAUUGAUGAAAUACCUACAAAGAGAAUCAUUGAAAGUUUGUAUAAGACUAUUAAAGAAGAAUCUAAAUCUAUAUAA